AGAAAAAAAGGUCUCGCUCCUCUCCUCAGUUCAGAGCUCGUUCGCAGUCGCAGCCCACAGCUAGAGCUAGGAGACGCGCCGCCGCCCCGCCAACCCUAUCAUAGGCACCGGCACCUCCGGCUCGCCCUCGUGCACGCAGGCGCUCGACAACGCGCGCGCGGACGCCAGCCUUCAGGAGUAGCGCAGCAUCGCAGGCGCCGGCAACAGUCGUUGGCUGGCAGAAGCGGAGGUGCCGGCCGGCUGGAGUCAGGAUUCGGCUCGCACGGUCGCACGCCGCCACGCCCGUUACCGGAGUGAGGAGGUCCCGACCCGCCGCCGCAUCCAGCGCAUCGGCUGUUGGAGGGCAAAGACGCCAAGUUUGCUUGCAGAUUUGGAAAUGAAGAGAAAGGCUACGAGUAUGCAUGAUUUUUAUGCAAGCAGUUCAGUUACUCCUUCCCCUGCCGAUGUCGAGCCUGAACUUGCCCCAGCUAAUGUGACUGCAAAUCCCUUUCCCUUAAUUGUUGUGAGCACAGUGCCUCCUCCUGAAGCUGAACCCCCAAAUGAGGAGAGCAAUGGUACCACAUGUGAUGAGAGUACAAACCGACCAAGGCAGCGCAUACUAGGAUCUCAUCCAAAUAAAAUUAUCAAGGAUGACAUUGGAGACAAGAACUUCUCAAUCCUUAUUGAUGAGGCUAGAUAUUGCUCAGUAGAAGAGCAAAUGGCAGUGACUGUGAGAUUUCUUGAUGAUCACGGGGUGCUCCAGGAAAGAUUCCUUGCAAUUAAGCACAUCACAGAUUGUACAUCUGCUGGAAUUAAAGAAGCUUUGGUUGAUGUAUUGGAUUAUCAUGGUUUGCAGAUUUCUAGGCUACGUGGACAGAGUUAUGAUGGGGCUUCAAAUAUGAGAGGGGAAUUCAAUGGUUUGCAAAAAUUGGUUAGAGAUGAAGCUCCAUAUGCAUUUUAUGUUCACUGCUUUGCUCACCAGUUGCAGGUGGUGGUUGCCACUGUUGCUCAAUGUAGUCCUACUAUUGCUGAUUUCUUCAACUGUAUUCCCUUGAUAGUGACUCAAGUGUGUUCAUCUUGCAAGCGGAAAGAUGCAUUACUGGCCAAACAUCAAGACGAAUUGUUACAUUUGAUGGAGAAUGGAAGGAUUUCAUCCGGAACCUGGUUGGAUCAAGAAUCUAGCAUAACAAGACAAGGAGAUACUCGUUGGGGCUCACAUCUCAGAACCUUGCUUCGCAUAUUCACAAUGUGGAAUGCUGUGGUGGAUGUGCUAGGAAUUGUAGUGGUUGAUGCUCGGGAACACACUUGUCAAGGUGGAGCUUCAGGUUUGCUUAUUAAGAUGGAAUGCUUUGAAUUUCUCUUCAUCAUGUUGUUCUCAAUAAACUUGUUGGGCACCACAAAUUAUCUAUCACAAGCUUUGCAAAGAAAGAAUCAAAAUACUGUCGAAGCCAUGCAUUUGAUCUUAGAUGUGAAAGAAAGCUUGCAAGAUAUGAGGGACAAUGGGUGGGAGUCUUUAUUCAGUCAAGCCAAGAACUUUUGUGAGGCACAUGACAUUGAUGUGCCAAAUAUGGAUGAUCUUGUUGGAGCUAUGGGUCAAUCUGUUCGCGCUAAGAAUAAGGUGACCCGACUUCACUAUUACAAGGUUAGCAUAUUCAAUGUUGCCAUUGAUGCAACUAUUACUGAGAUGAAUCAUCGAUUCAAUGAAGUUUCCACUGAGUUAUUGGAUUGUAUUUCUUGUCUUAAUCCAGCAAACAACUUCUCAAAGUUUAAUGCUGACAAACUUAUUCGGCUUGCUGAAAUUUAUGCUGAGGACUUUACGAAAGCUGACCGGUUGUUGCUAACAUUUGACCUUCCGAGAUUCCUUAUGAACAUUAGGAGAAGUGAGGAAUUUAAUGGAUGCCAAGAUGUGUCCACACUUGCUCGAUUGAUGGUUCAAACAAAUAAACACACAUCUUUCCAGUUGGUAUAUCGCCUCAUUGAGUUGGCGUUGAUUCUUCCUAUGGCAACUGCACCAGUUGAGUGAAUAUUUUCGGCAAGAGACAGAUGUGCGCAAUGAGGUAUCAAAUGAAUGGAUAAAUGAUUUAAUGCUGUGCUACAUCGAGAAAGAGAUGUUUAGAAGCAUUCAUGAUGAUCAAAUCAUGAUCCAAUUCCAGAAAUUAAGGCGUGAAGGACAUUUGCCUCAUGAGUUAAAUGUGAUUUCUUAGAGAUGGUUUGCGGCUGGUCACUUGGGCAUGCAUUUCUAUAUUUUGGUUUGGAGGUGUUCUACCAUAGCAUUAGUUAGAAGCAACACCGUAUCAUUGUUUUGGUCUUCUAGUUGUUGCUUCUCCAGUCUAGUACUUGAUGUAUUGGUGUGUGAACUGUAUGAAACUUCAAGGUAUGGUCAAACAUGUUACUAGUAUUGGUCUUAAAAGAAUUCAUGUUACUUUGAGCACAUGUUUGACAGAUAUUGGCUGUUUAAAUUGGUAUACCAAAUUGAUUCAAAUUUUGAUAUUUUUAAAAACUCUAGCAAAUUCCAGCAAGCUUCCAUAGUGAUAUGGGAAAUUUUGAGCUUAUUUGGACAAUAGGAUUAGGAGGUAAUGAACGGUGUUGGCAUGUCUACAGUGUGGGAUUGGGAUGAUAUGUAAUGAACCACUUUCGUAGUUCUGUUUAAUACAUAUACAUAUGGCCCAGCUGUUAGAGAAGAAGACGAAGAAUCCGUUGGUUUAAGCUACUACGUAUUUUACAAGAUCUUGCAGGUACUUAUGCACACCUCACUUACUAUAGUUCUGAUUCCUCAUCUGUAGAUAUGGAAAUCACACCAUAUCCUUUACCUCAGCAAUGAGUUUCCAUCUUUAUAAUAGCCACACGCUUACACAUGUAGUAGACUCCACGAAAAUUACUUGCUAACACCGUACUGUAAGCUGGCUGCGUUUUUUGAUGCAGUGAGGGCGCUUAUACUUGCUUUAAUCAAAAAGUUGGAGCUGGAGAGUACAAUUACGGUUCUAGACUAGACCAUAUUCUUAUUUCUGGUCAUGUUUCCAUCAUUGCAAUUCCGUGGAAGGCCAUGGCAUUUUCCACUGCCAUGUGGAGGAUUGUGGAAUAAUAAAUCAUUUUAGAAGUGGGUGUUCAAAAAAUAUCUCAAAGUAAAGAAGGGUGAAAACUUUUCUUUAUUGAGAGCAAAGUGGAUAACAUACAAGAUUUGCUUACUAGUUAUCCAUAGGUGGAAAGGAGGGAGAAGUAGUUAGGUAGAAGGAUUCAAUCAUAUUCCAGUUUAUAUUAUAUUGACCAGAAUACCUGAACUUCCAGUCCCUAAUACCCCAUAAUCAGCUGCUAGGUACCUCCAGAAAUCCAUGGACGGCUGCAGAGUAUAGGUGAGUAAUAUUUAUGUUAUGUAACAUUAUGUCAUAACUUGACUUUUCACCCUACAAUAUACAAGGCGAAACAAGGGUAUAUUAUAUUCUCAUUCUGUAAUUAUAGUGAAACUUAUUGAACUACUGUA